GAGAGCUGGAGCUCACUGGACAGCGGCCGGCUGUGUGAGGAGUGCGUGUCUCGUGUGGAGGUGCUGAUGGAGGAGGCGCAGAGGCUCCUCACCACCGGACACUUCAAUAGCAGCGACCCCAAACUCUCCCUGCUCCUGUAUGAGAGUGUGCAGGGUCCUGCCUGGAGCGGUCUUGGGGGCCGCUGUGACGUCUGCUCCGCUCACCUGAGCCAGCUGAAGCGGGAGGCUGUCCGCACGCUUCUAAGUCAAGACAGGACCAUCUGGCCCACCGCUUUCCCUGCCAGCGUCUCACCCGGCCGCUCUGCCUCAGGCGCUCACACUCUGCCCAGAGCCUGCAGCUCACAUUCUCCCACCCCCAGCCCCCGCCACAGACCCCGCAACCCGCGCACGGACGACUGGAUCAGGGAACAGUCGACCCUGUGGCCUCUGUCAUCUACAAACGAUGGGCUCUCUUCUUUUCCUGAAAUGAUGUCUCAGGAUGCUUUAAAGAAUAACAAGGAAGAUGAAAAGGCUGCAUCGUCUGGGACGGUUCUCUGCCACUUUGGCAGUCCACUGCCAUUUAGUGCUUCCAGAGUCUCCACAAUGCUGCCUGCUGGAACCUCUGCUGCUAUAUCUUUCAUUGUCAGGGCUGUCCAGAAGUUGAACUUGACCUCAAGAAGGAGAAAGCAGAACAAUUACUGUUCCCGCUAUCCAACCAACUUCAGCGGCCUCCUGCAGAGAGCUCCUCCUCCUGCACCAUCAAACCUACUACAGACUGCCUGCAAGGGGAGAGAGAUGACAGAGAUGGGGAAGGUCAAAGUGAUAUUGAGAGUCAGCCCACUCCUGACGGCAGGAACAUCUCAGUUGCACGCCCUCAAACUGGACCUCCGCAAGAAACAGGUCACAGUUCUGGAGUCUGCCACUCAGAGACUGGCUGCGGGUGCAAACUCCACCCCGAAGACGUUCACCUUUGAUGCUGCCUUUGGGCCCGAGUCAUCCCAGGCCGAGGUAUGCGAGAAGAGUUUGUUCGAGGUCCUCCAGUCUGUGCUUGCCGGAGCUGAUGGCUGUGUCCUAAGCUUUGGACAGAGAAAAGUGGGAACAUCUUACACAAUGAUUGGGCGUGAUGAUUGCUCACCGAGUCUUGGAAUCAUCCCUUGCGCCAUCUCUUGGCUUUUCAAGCUCAUCAACAAAAAGAAGGACAGGACGUGGGCAAAUAUCUCCGUUUCUGUGACAGCUGUGGAGGUGUGCGGGGAGACUGAGGUCAUCAGGGACUUACUGUCUGAUGUUGAGUCAGGUGGCUGCAAGGACACCCAUAAGCCAAAUGUUUACCUCCUGGACGACCGUGUCUAUGGAACACAGCUCUGCAACAACAGUGUGCUAAGUGCUCCUACAGCUGAGAGAGCAGCUUUUCUACUGGAUGCAGCCCUGGCCUCUCGGAGCUCAGGCGUGACCGGGUGCAGAGAAACAUUCCAGCAUCACUGCCACAUGUUCUACACCCUUCACAUCUGCCAGCAAUACAUAGAGAGCAGCAGCAAGUCUGGAAUGAAUGUGGACCAAAGCAAGCUGAGCCUUAUUGACUUAGGUGGCUGUACAAGAGAGAGGAAUAAGAACAAUACAGCAGUCUGUCUUGUUGACCUCGGAAAUGUCAUUAUGGCCACGUUGAAUAGGCAUAAACAUGUUCCCAACAAGAGAAGCAAACUGGCCAUGCUCAUGCAAGAGUCUCUGAGCAACGUCAACUGCCGCACAACAAUCGUAGCCCAUGUUUCCACUUUACUUGAAGACAUCUCAGAGACUCUCUGCACCAUCCAGAUCGUCUCUCAGAUUCGAAGAUUACAAAAGAAGACAAGGAAAUCUUCCUCAAGCUCACCUGGAGGGAGAAGCUCAGGAAAAGAAAAGAAAGUGAACAACUCUACCAGGCUAAGAGCAUUUCACUCUGCAAGUACAUUAGACCACGAUCUCUCUUCACUCAACCUUUUUGAUGAUCUAGAGGACCACUCUAGGAGUGACAAGUCAAGUGACACUGUCAUUUGUGUGGAUCCAAAUGGCUGUGUCCUUGUUGAUGAAGACAUCAAGGGGAGUCAAGAGUUUGUGCCAAUAAUUCACUCUUUACAAAGGAAGAGGACUGACUUAAAAGGGUCUUCCAUUUUAAAGCGCUGUGAACUGUUAAAGCCCAUUUCUACCUGUACACUGAAAAAGGAGACAAAAAAGCAGACCAGUCAACAAAAAACAUCAGAAUCCAAUAUGCCUGAUUUAGAGUGUCUCAAAUGCAACACCUUUGCUGAACUGCAGGAUCGACUGGGAUGUAUAGAUGGAAGUGAUACAGUUGGCAUGUAUUCUUGCAAGGAACAGACUACAAAUACAAAUACUGUGACCAAAUCCGAACAUCUCUCAAGUAAAGCUACCAAGAUCUCUGCUGGACAACCAGAGAUUCCAGGAUCUUCAAUUAAAAACGAGAAUAACGAGAAGGGAAUACGAUAUCCUCCGCAGAGAGAGACACCUGUGAAGAAAAUUGAGGAAAUACCUUGUAGGCGUACUGGUCAAGCCAAAAUUGCUAAAAAAAUUCUCCUUUCUUCACCAAGACUUGACAUUGUUAGUAGCUCUGUGCAAGAAGAACAAGCAACUGGAUCCCAAAGCCUUGCUGAAACAAUGGACGUGACCCGUUCCUUACCCCAGCUAGUGGAAGGAAGGCCAUCAGACAACUUCACCCUGCCCCCUGAGGUUCGGAUCUCACCUGUGGGUAAAAGUUCGUCCUCUUCCUUCUCUGUUGGCCUGGGAUCCCCAGUACCGCUUCCUAUUACCUUAGGUGAAGGUAUUCCGCAGUUUGCCAUGGAGAACCAAAGGCAAAUGAAGGCCACUAUCACUGUGACAGUUCAGCAGCCGCUGGACCUGAAUGGACAUGAUGAGCUUAUAUAUUCUGUGGUUGAAGAAGUGACAAUCAAUAGGGCAGUUAAUAAAGACAAGGCUGCACAAAUAGCUGGUAUAACUGACUCUCAUUCUCUUGAGAGUUUGCCAUCAGGUUCUCAACCUGUGAGGAUCAUAAGCAGUGUAGGAGAGGAGAAAACUGCAGUUAACCCUGCAUCUCAAGUUCAAGCUUUAGGUCAAACCUGUGAGGCCUCCUCGGUAUUACCUGCGGAUCAAAACUGUGUGGUCAGCUCACAGGUUGAUGACUCGUCCUCUCCUGUUGCUAUGUCAGAAAAGUCCCAAAAUGUUGAAAAGGAUGUCUCUGAAGCUACGUUUGGCUCCGCCUCUGAACACGAGGUCUUGAGGUUCAAGGAGUACUCAUGUGACAAUGGACCAGAGCAGAAAGCUACUAAGAGAAAGUGCAAUCAAGGUAUCGGGCAGCUGUCUAGAGAGAAAAGUGGUGAUUUUUGUCCAGUGCAUCAAAGGAUAUUAGCUGAUUUUAGUAUGGAGAUACCAGAAAAUCCAGCCAGUAGUUACUCACCCCUUGGAAAGAGCAAGUGUACAAGAAAUCUGCACAGUCUAGACAGGCAGUAUGAUUCCCAGGACUCUCUUUAUCACUGUAUGAAUCCCUUUAGCCCAAGAUCAACACUAGAAAGGAAACAACGCCAUGUCCAGCUAGGUCACAUGGAAUGGGCAGAAGAUAGUGAAUCAAUGUCUUCAGGGCAGGAAUCAGAUAAGAGUAGACCCACUAAGAGAAAGCAGAGACAUCCACAACCUACAGCAACCCACUGUGAAGAGGGUGACCGACCAAAUUCAGACGAUAUACUCAACAAGACCAACCCCAAAUCCCCUGUUGAAGAAAGCAGUAAGCUUUUUAGUGCAAAGUUGGAGCAGUUAGCAAAUAGACACCGAUCCCUAGGGAGAUCACGUUUAGAGAGCUCCGAUUUACGAUUCUUUGAGGAAAGCAAUACUGUGUUCACUCAGGGAUCUUCAGCAAGAUUGGGAAGUUGUUGUACCUCACCAAGAGUCAGUAGAAGAAAUCUCGGGCAAGGGCAUUGCAUGACUUUGGACUCUAAAGCAAGUUUGGAUGGAGAUUAUGCACUGGCUCCGGCCAAAAGCAUGACCUCAGCUGGUUUGAGGGACGUUUUUGAUGAUGACCUCACUGUGUCCCGGACUGGUCGCAGCUUCAGGAGAGUUCCAAGGUUUUUCCCCAUGUAUGAUGCUACUGGAAGUGACACAAGCCAUCUGUCCAAACCAAUUCAAUCAAAAAUAUCAACUGAAAGCAAACUGUCCAGUCCAAAAGUCUGCAAGAUGUCAGGAACUAGCCCCAAGAAUUCAUGUUCAUCCCCCAAAUCUGGCAGACACUCAAUCAAUAGAAGUUCAAGCCUCUCUCCUGAUGGGCUCUCUGUAAAACAGAUUUCAUGGUCCACUCAGUCUUUAUCUCGAAAGCAGGGGAAAGCUUCUGUCUCAUUUAAAUCUCCCAGCAGAGUGCUGAAUGGACGGAUUGAGUUUCUUAGAGCAAGUGGAGACUCUCUCUCAAGCUCUAGCCAAGGUAGUCUGGAUAUCGAUGAACUUGAAGUGUCAAAAACAAAAAUGAAAGGACUGACUCACACUUUACCUUCACCGUACAGUAGGAUCACAGCCCCACGUAAACCCAACCACUGCAGUGGGCAUGCCAGUGAUAACACCAGUGUCCUAAGUGGGGAACUGCCCCCUGCCAUGUGUAAGACUGCCUUGCUAUACAACCGCAAUAGUGUGCUCAGUAGUGGCUACGAGAGCAUGAUGAGGGACAGUGAAGCCACAUGCAGUAGCACUUCAAUACAUGACUCCAUUAGUGAUCAGAGCUGCUUCUUCAAUACUGCAAAGGGUGCCAGAAGCUCUAAGAAAAGGAAUUAUAUAGGAUCCUAUCAGAGGCGUCCAUCGCAGGACACCCUCUUGUCUUUAAGGAGGUCUGCAAGUGGUUCCAAAAUACGCUGGGUAGAUCGGAGUAACUCAGAUUCAUAUGAAAUUAAGGUCUAUGAGAUUGACAAUGUGGAUGGCUUGCAGAAGAGAGGAAAGGCAGGAAACAAGAGUGUGGUCUGCUUCAGUGCCAAGCUGAAAUUCCUGGAGCAUCGACAACAGAGGAUUGCAGAGGUGAGGGCCAAGUACAAUGCCCUAAAGAGAGAGCUGGAACUAGCCAAACAGCAUCUCAUGGUGGACCCAGGAAAAUGGACUCGUGAGUUUGAUCUCUGGCAAACCUUUGAAGUGGACUCCUUGGAACACUUAGAGGCACUAGAGUUGGUCACAGAGCGGCUCGAGAGCCAAGUGAGCCGCUGCAAGGCACUUGUCAUGAUGGUUACCUCUUUCGAUGCCACACCAAGGCGCAGGCAAAAGAAGCGCUGCCGGCCAGCUGUGGAAUAUAAAGGGUUCAUAGGAAUAUAGCACUGAAUACAGUGCAACAUGACAU